AUGGCUCCCAAUCAAGUAGACAACUUGUCGGCGGUGUUGUACAAGAAAGAUGAUCUGAGAAUGGAACAACGGCCAAUCCCAACGCCUGGCCCACAACAAUUGCUUGUUAAAAUUCACACAGUGGGCAUUUGUGGCAGUGAUGUUCACUAUUUGACUCAUGGUGCAAUUGGAAGCUUUAUUGUGAAAGCCCCGCUCGUUUUGGGUCACGAGACGGCGGGAGUUGUGGAAGAAGUUGGAGAUCAAGUGAAGGGCUUCUCUGUUGGCGAUCGAGUGGCGCUUGAGCCGGGCGUACCUUGUCGACGAUGCUAUCACUGCAAGCUUGGCACUUACAAUUUGUGUCCGGAUAUGGGCUUCUUCGCCACUCCGCCAUUUGAUGGAAGUCUCACGCGAUUCGUUGUCCAUGAUGCCGAUUUUUGCUUCAAAUUACCUGAUCAUGUGACUUUCGAGGAGGGAGCUUUGCUUGAACCGCUCUCUGUCGGUGUUCACACCGUUCGCCGUGCGGGCGUAAAAAUCGGACAAAAGGCUUUGAUUCUUGGAUCAGGCCCAAUCGGUAUUCUCACUCUUCUCGUUUCCAAAGCAGCCGGAGCCUCGGCAGUGGUGAUCACCGAUAUUGAUGAUGGACGUUUAGCGAUGGCUAAAGAGCUCGGAGCUGAUUAUACAAUUAAUGUUAGAGGUAAAUCGAUUCAACAAGUGAAAGACGAGAUCACGGCUUGUCUCGGUCAACCACCACAUGUCAGUAUGGAAUGCACCGGGGUGGCGACGAGUGUAGAAACGGCUAUUUUGACAACACUUUCCGGCGGAACAAUCGUUUUGGUUGGUUUGGGUGCAGAUCGGGCGGAUUUGCCGAUGGUUGAGGCGGCGAUUCGUGAAGUCGAUAUUCGUGGAGUUUUCCGUUAUGCUAAUUGUUACCCAACCGCUAUCGAAUUGGUUGCAUCGAAGAAGGUCGAUCUGAGCAAGUUGACUCGUGCUCAUUACACUUUGGAGGAGACUCCGGAAGCUUUCAAACGUGCUCAAAAAGCCGAUGUGAUCAAAGUGUUCAUCAAUUGCGAGAAGAAAGAU